AUGGCUCGAGCGAGGGUCCCAGCCGGUCGACCGGGGCGGUCCCGCUCCACGAAGGCCGGUGCGCCCACCCACUCCCCGCUGGACUGGCUGGAUGACUACGAAGCUGUCAGCGCCUGGAUGGCGCGGCAUGACCUGCAUGCCGCGCUGGAGGCUGGGGACGGGCUCGCCUGGGUCCCCGACUUCCUGCCCGGUGCAGUGGCUGAGGCUGCGCUGGCCUGCCUGGAGGCCAUUCCCCCCUCCGCCUGGAACGCCACGGCGGCUGUCGAGGACGCAGGCGCCAACAAUAUUGCCCACGAGUUCUGGUCCACCAAGUCGGCGCCGGGGACGGCCCUGGCCCAGCUCCUGCGCGCCUUCCCCCUGCUCUCCCCGCGCCACGACUUCACCGCCUUUUCCGCCGCCCGCUACGACGCCCGCCACCACAUCGCGCCGCACGACGACCGAGCCUACACCCCCGUGCUCUGCGACGAUGGGGCAAUCGUGCAGUGCUCGCGCGACAUCGCGGUCGUGUACUACCUUACCCGCAACUGGAGGCCGGAGUUCGGCGGCGCCUUUGUGGACAUCGCCGGCGGCGGCAGGGAGUACUGCCCCGCCUUCAACACGGCGGUCGCCUUCACCAUCCCACGCUGGCACGCGGUGACGGCAGUGGUGGGGCCCAGGCCGCGCUUCUCCGUCUUCGGCUGGUUCCUGGUGCCCGGGAUCGCCUACCCCCUGGGGGACGGCGAGCGCGACGCAGCGGCGGGCAAGGGGCCGGCCCCCGAGCGGUGGUUGGAGGAGGGCGAGGUGGGCCGUUUGCCGCAGCGCUGCAAGCUAGGCCGGCGGCUUCUCCGACUGGAGUCCCGUGGGCUGAGCUAG